AUGUCAGUUGAUCGUAAUUGGAUGUACCACCGACUUAGUGAAAAUGGUUAUAUAAGAGCUGAGUUCUGUGAUGGAGUUAAAGGGUUCCUUGAGUUUGCAUUUACUCAGUUAGAGUAUUGUAGUGGUGAUAAGAUUAGAUGCCUUUGUAUAAGAUGUGACAACCAGAAAUUUCUUAACCGUGAUACGGUCAAUGUUCAUCUGUUGAGAAAGGGGUUUACACCGGGAUAUUCAACAUGGUUUGCACAUGGGGAGUUACUUGGUGCAGUUGCUCCUGUAAGUACAAGUGCAGUAGAAGCAUCCACAUCAAUGGAUGUUGGUUGUGAACAUGGUCAGCAAUAUAGAACCAUGGUGAUGGAAGCUAUGGGUCCAGAAGAGGAACUUCAUUUGAGAAGUGCAUUUGAAGUUAAUCAUGAGGAAGAGCCAAAUAAGGAUGCUGCAGAUUUUUAUUCUUUGUUGAAAGAUGCAGAAGUACCUUUGUGGGAAGGGUGUAAAAAACACUCUAAGUUAUCUGCUAUUAGUCAAUUAUUAAAUUGCAAGUCUGAAUUUAAUAUGAGUAUAUCUUGCUAUGAUCGAAUCAUGAAAAUAGUGAAGAAUAUGUUGCCGGAAAGUGAGAAGCUGCCCUCUGAUUUCUAUCAAUCAAAGAAGAUGCUUCGGAAGUUGGGGUUGGAGUAUACAAGUAUUGAUGUUUGUGAGAAUAAUUGUAUGCUAUUCUAUAAGGAAACAGAGAAUUUGAUUGAGUGUACUAUUUGUGGUCAUCCUCGUUAUAAACUCAGAAGAAAUGAUGGUGGUGGUAGAAGAAAAGAUGUUCCUUAUAGAAGGUUGCGAUAUCUUCCAAUAACACCAAGACUUCAGAGGCUUUUUAUGUCAAGCAGAACGGCUGAACUCAUGUCAUGGCAUGUGAAGGGAGGUGAUUCAGAUGAGAUGGUGCAUCCUGCUUGUGGGGAGGCUUGGAAGCACUUUGACCGCAUUCAUCCAUCCUUUUCUACCGAGCCUCGUAAUGUUAGACUUGGGUUAUGUACGGAUGGAUUUAACCCCUUUAGCCAAUCAGCUCGUCCUUAUUCUUGUUGGCCAGUUUUCGUAACAGUUUACAAUCUUCCACCAUCAAUAUGUAUGAAACGACCCUACAUUUUUCUAAGUUUAGUCAUUUCUGGACCUAAGAGCCCUGGCAAAAGUAUUGAUGUCUUGCUUAGGCCUUUGAUUGAUGAACUUAAAAUAUUAUGGGAAGUAGGGGUCACCACUUAUGACAUCUUUAGAAAAGAGAAUUUUCAAAUGAAGGCAGUUUUAUUAUGGACUAUCAAUGAUUUUCCUGCAUAUGGCAUGCUUUCAGGAUGGAGUACGCAUGGAAAGUUGGCCUGCCCGUAUUGUAUGGAGAACUCAAAAACAUUUACACUACAACAUGGUGGGAAGACUUCUUUUUUUGACUGCCAUCGUCAAUUCUUGCCCAUGGACCAUGCAUACAGAUACCAAGUUGAUAGUUUCUUCAACGGUAGAAUAGAGACAGACCCCCCACCUCGUCGACUGUCUGGUGAGGAGUUGAAAAAUAGGAUCUCUGCUUUGCCUAAUAUAACUUUUGGUUUGAAAGCUCCUAAGCACACCAUUCCUGGAUUCGGUAAAGAUCAUAAUUGGGGAAGACUAAAGAUAAUGUGA